AUGCUUAAAUGGUUUUAUAGUAAUAAGCAAACUCAACUUUGUCUUUCUUGGGUAGAAGAUAUGACAAAAAUAUGCACUUAUUAUCUUUCAAAUUCUGACAAAGAAUUCCAAUUCUAUAACAAAGAUUUAAGUAAUAAAGAGUUAUAUAAAAGUAUUAAUAUGUUCAUGAUUACAUAUGAUUUACUUGAAGUUUUAAAUAAAAAUACUGAUGGGGUUAAUAAUUUGGAUGAUAACAAUAAUAGUGAAAUCUUAGAAAGUUCAACAUUAAAUAUCAUGGAUUUUGUAAAUUUAACAUUGCCAGAAUUUUCAGCAACUGAAGAUACAAUGUUUUCUUCAGAAUCUGUUACAACUAAUCAGGAUAGAGAUAUAGAUAAUAUGAAUUAUGAUUCUAUUGAGUUAGCAUGUCAAAUGACAUUACAAGUUGAUGAUUAA